AUGGCUCGAAUGAAUCGAUGUUGCGGGUGCAUUCCUAUGAGACCGGGUGUUAUAACUAUAACAAUUUUUACCUUAGCUGGAGGAAUAUUAGGCCUUAUCCAAAAUAUUCAGCUUCUUACAGAUUAUCACUAUUAUGUUCUUGGAUCAUCAGCUUAUGUUGCUAUGGUUGCAAAUUCUCUAACGAUUCUAGUAGCAGGCUUCGGACUUAUUGUUGUCUGUUGCGCGGAAUCAGCACGAUUCUUGAAAACCUUUUCAGGGCUUUUUAUUUUUAUCGUGUUCAUUCAUUAUGCAUAUGCCAUCUAUAUUACCAUUGUUGUUGCUACAAAUGGCUAUUUGAGCUAUUUUAUGACCCUUGUAAUUGCUAGUUUUAUUGGUGCUAUUCUUUUGAGUUAUUUUGCUAAAGUUAUCUCUGAUUACGCUGCAUCUGCUAAAGAAGAGCAAGAUAAUAAUAUAACACCCAGGAGAAUGGAAACUUCUGAUGUAACAAAUAAUCGGGUUGUUAGCUAA